AGCGGCCUCGGCGGUCACGUGAUUUAGCGGCGCCCGCCUCCUGACGAUGGUUGCUCAGCGUGCUGCACGCAGACGUUGUCUCGACAAACGCCGUUACAUUUGUAGUUUUGAAUAUUUAAAAAAAAGGGCCUAACAGCUAUUUAAACGCGCGUUUAGCUGCUAAGCAUUAAAAAAAAAAUCCUUGUGCGUUUUGUAAAUGUAUUCGAUAUGAGUUUUCUUUCAGGACUACGACCUGAUGCGUUAUCUUAUAAGAAGUGAUUCCGGUUCAGUGGGAAGGUUUGAACCGCUCUCUGAAAAGUGACCAUUGUUGGAAUCAGGUCGAGGCUGUUAUCAUUUCCACUUGCCGACUUUCUUAGUUUUUUUUACGGGUUUACAGCGGGAAAAACAGUGCAAGAUUUUUAGAGUGUCAUGAAAGAAAUGUCAAGCACCAUGCCUGGUGGGCAGCAGCAGCCACAGAAACACUAUGGCAUCACCUCUGCCAUUAGCCUCGCACCCCCGCGAGAAAUAGACCACCAGUACACCAAGAAGCUCUGUGAUGCUAUGAAACCUUUUGGGGUGUUUGAAGAUGAAGAGGAAUUGAACCAUAGACUUGCAGUUCUUGGGAAGUUGAAUAACUUUGUUAAAGAAUGGAUCGCAGAGAUCAGUGAAUUAAAGAACCUUCCACCAUCAGCUAUAAGCUGCGUUGGAGGCAAGAUAUUUACAUUUGGGUCAUACAGACUCGGAGUGCACACAAAAGGGGCUGAUAUUGAUGCCUUAUGUGUGGCUCCACGCCAUGUAGAAAGAAGUGACUUUUUCCAGUCUUUCUUUGAGAAGUUGAAACAGCAUGAAGAGAUCAAAGAUCUGAGGGCUGUCGAGGACGCUUUUGUACCCGUGAUAAAAUUCAAAUUUGAUGGAAUAGAGAUUGACCUGCUUUUUGCCAGACUGGCCUUACAGUCCAUUCCAGACAACCUGGACCUGAGGGGAGACUCCAUCCUGAGAAACUUGGACAUUCGAUGUAUCCGCAGCCUUAAUGGCUGUCGAGUGACUGAUGAAAUUUUGUACCUGGUGCCAAACAAAGAGAACUUCAGGCUGACACUGAGAGCCAUCAAACUGUGGGCAAAACGUCGUGGGAUCUACUCCAACAUGCUGGGGUUUCUGGGUGGAGUGUCAUGGGCCAUGCUGGUGGCCAGGACCUGCCAGCUUUACCCUAACGCUGUGGCUGCCACGCUGGUCCACAAGUUUUUCUUGGUGUUUUCCAAAUGGGAGUGGCCAAAUCCUGUGCUAUUGAAACAGCCAGAGGACAGUAAUCUGAAUUUACCUGUGUGGGAUCCUAGAGUUAACCCGUCUGACAGAUACCACCUGAUGCCCAUCAUCACGCCUGCCUAUCCCCAGCAGAAUUCCACGUACAAUGUCUCCACGUCAACACGAACCAUCAUGAGCGAGGAGUUCAAAUACGGCCUCAGUGUCACAGACGAGAUCCUUCAAGGAAAAGCAGAAUGGUCCAAACUCUUUGAGCCACCCAACUUCUUCCAGAAGUACAAGCAUUACAUCGUUCUGACUGCCAGUGCGUCCACAGAAGAAAACCACUUAGAAUGGAUCGGGCUGGUGGAGUCAAAGAUCCGUGUUCUGGUGGGAAACCUUGAGAGGAACGAGUACAUCACCCUUGCUCAUGUCAACCCCCAGUCCUUCCCUGGGUCCAAAGAGAACCGCAAUGAGAACGACUUUGUGUCCAUGUGGUUCAUCGGGAUCAUCUUCAAGAAAGUGGAGAACGCAGAGAGUGUCAACAUCGACCUGACGUAUGACAUCCAGUCCUUCACAGACACUGUGUACCGACAAGCCAACAACAUCAACAUGCUGAAGGAUGGGAUGAAGAUUGAAGCAACACACGUGAAGAAGAAGCAGCUCCAUCAGUACCUUCCUCCUGAACUGGUGCAGAAGAAGAAGAGGAGCAUAGCUGAGUUGAACCGGAGCUCUAAGCGGAUCUCUCUGGACAGCAGUCAUCUGGACAGCUCCAGAGACACAGACUCAGGGACUCCCUUCAGCUCCCCAACCAGCAAACCCUCCAAGCCUGUGACUGACACAGAUGACAGCGUCAGCCCUCCCAAGCAACUUUUCGUAGAGAGCUCUCCGGCACCCAGCACAGCAGCCAGUGCGACACCCAGCGCAGCACCCAGCGCGACACCCGCCGUGGCACCCAGCGCAGCACCCAGCGCAGCACCCAGUGCAACACCAGCUCCUCAAGACCAGGGCAUGUCCAUCCCUGUCAUUGGCUCAAAGCCUCCAGGUAAAGUGAAGCCUCCCUCCCCACCAGCCAGCAGCUCCAUCACCACAGUGCUGAGCGGGGAUGUGACGCCCAACACCGCCAGCAGCCCCAGAGAGGAGCCCAACGGCCUGGAGGACUCAGUUAACGGAGCUCCUGCCAAGAGACCACACUCACCUACAGAAGAGGACCUGGCCAAGAGGCACAAAGACUCAGAGGCGUCCAGUGACGACGCUACAUUCAAAGAGCCAUAUCCACCAUCCUCUGACCUGCACGCGCACGGAGAAGGACCCAAUACUACUCCCCUUUCUGGAUCAAAGGCUAAGCCCAUUCCAACCAUUGAUACCUCAAGAACACAGAGACUUCCCAGCAUGGAGCUGCCAGACGCCUCCUCGCCUCUCCCAGCCAGCAACAGCUGUCGUGUCGUGAAAAAUUCCAUUAAACUGGCCCUCAACCGCCACAACAUCACACCUCCCAAGCCCCCAGUGUUUGAGGGCACCAUGGCCACUGACACGCCUCCUGCCAGUGAAGAAAAGGGCAUGUCCAUUCCUGUUAUCGGCUCCAAACACGUGGUAUCCAAACACACGGCGCCCUCCGUUGGCAGCUCCAUCCCAACAUUAGUGAGCCGAGGAGCCGACCCACUGAACGGAGCCGCCUCCAAGAGACCACUCUCCCCCUCUCUGGAGGAGCAGGCCAAGAGGCUUAAAGAAACGGAGAAGGCCAGAAUCCACAUAGCUUGAAGACACCAACUAUAGACUGGAUUCAUACAUAACACAGAGGUGGGGCUUUACAAUUAAGUCAAACACAGAGAAGAUGACUUCACACAGGGAACAGGGAGUGUGUUCAGGUCAGUCAAUCUCAAGUGUGUGAAGCAGCAGGAUGGGACACCUCACCUCAAAUCUUCAGAGUUUAUAGAUUUGCCAGUGGAUAGGUGAUUUGGUCAAACCAGAUGUUGUCAGCUCCCUUCGUCACGCUCGCAGCCAGAGGGCAUUUAACACAACAGUCACGGAGAUAUCUGACAUGAGAACUCAAGCGACAGUCUUUUUUUUUUUUUUUUUUUUAACGCGUCUUCUCCCUCCGUGUUUAAAAAUGUUCACAGUACAAAUGGAAAUGUGCUGUUUUUUCUUUUCAUUUUCCCUUUUUUUUUUCCAGUCGACACAUUUUAAAACAGCCCGGAACAUUUAUCGACGCUUGCUACACACACUUUCGGUGUAUGCUGAUUUCUUUUCUUUUCAUUUCUUUUCUUUUCUCCCAAACAGAAACCUGUACAGUAAAUGUUGAUGUACAUAACCUUUUUUGUCUUAAAAAAAAAAGCAAAAGAUCACUGUUCAGUCUUUUGAUCAUUCUAUUGUAGUUUUAUCUAAAAAUGAAAAAAAAAAAAAGUUUAAAAAAUUGUAAUUUUUUUUUGUUUGUUUUGUUUUUCUCUAUUGCUUGUGCCCCCAAAAAAUAGUGUCUAGCCCUGGAUAUUUUUUCUAAACACUGUAUAGGUUUGGAUACAGUUGCAGGGAGGCUUUAUUGAGGGUUUGUUUGGAUAUGACGGAGAUCACCACCUCAGUUCUUUGGACCACCACGACUACCCAAAGAAGACCACAGGUUGGUAUCGGGCUUGCAGUGUGUAGGUGAUGCUAGACGCGGUAAGAGCACCCUCACAACAGCAAGGAAACGUGCAUUUUCUGGAAGUGAUCUGUAUCAGUAAUUGCUUAAUUCUCAGAAAAGGAAUGGUACAGAACAUCAGAGGAGAACCAUAUCAAAACGCUACGCUAAUCCUUCAUUCAGUGUAGCUUCAGUGUCACACCUAUUGUUCGUCUUGGAUUAAAGAAAAGUUCAAGUUUUCUGCUUACUUUUCAUUGUGUGUUUAAGCCGUAGAUGUCAGAUAGGUGUGCGGGUUACACAAAACAAGUGAACGCUGGACAGUUCAGACAUGUCACAACAAACGUACCUGUGAUUCACAGAUUGUCGGACCUUAAACCCUGUAGUCCAUCAGGAGGGCUAAACAAUAACAACAUCAGAAAGAAAUAGGUCAGGAUACCGCUUGACCCCCACCCCCACCCCUACCAGUUCACCGUGGUCCAUUUGUUCGAAGCCCCAGUCCCAGUUGUUUUUCGUGUCCACGUCCAUGAAAGAUUUUGUGGUGCUUAGUGGAAAAAAAAAUGUUUCGAAGCUUUUUGACAAGUUGCGCUGGUUUGUGUGUGUGUGCAUGCGUAUAUGGUUGACUGUGUGUGAGCGUGCAUGCAUAGAUGGUUGUGUUUACGUGUUGGAGAGAGACAGAAUUCCCUUCGUUUUGGGUGUUAACCCUCUGCGCCUCCUGUGGAGGUUCUUAAAAACAGGCAUCUCCUGGGGCCACGGGUGGGGGUGGGGGUCAGGAGACAACUUUUUUCCCUUUCCUGCCCGACCCUCCAUCUUUCUGGUCUGAAGCUGCGUGUGAUUUCAGCACAGAAGAUAAACUGUAUGCAUACAACAAAGUUUAAAGUGAUGCUGGCGAGGCGCCCUCUUCUUCGGAGCAGGUAGAGAGUUGGGACACGGGCUGUCUUUUUUCCAGCAUCAGUCCCCCCCCCCCAACGAAAUGUACAGAGAACAGUUUUUUCAAAAGGCAUAUUCGUCAUUAUUGGGGGUUUUCUUAUCACUUUAUUUAUAUUUGCAUAUUUGUACCAUGUGAUCUUUUUUUUUUUAAUAGCAUUCAUAGCAGGUAGGUCUCUUUUGAAUGAAAUCUGCACCACUCUGUUUCAGACAACUCAUGUUUUGCUGUUUGAAAACAUUUAACAAUACAGGUCAUUUAGAUGUUUGUUUCUAAAAUGUAUUGAAAGGGUAUUUUUGUAUGUGUUUAUCACUUCCUUUAAAUGAAUCUGUACACCCAUUAAACCCCUAAAAACUA